GUUAUUAGUGGGCGCGCCAUAUGAAAUGACUGGGCCUUACCAAACAGGGGACGUAUAUAAGUGCGCACUGAGCAAACGGACCAACGGCAACAGUUGCUCAAAGCUCAAUUUAGGAAAGAUAUCUCUGACCAACGUAUCAGAACGAAAGGACAAGAUGAGGCUGGGAAUGACGCUGGUGUCUAACCCUGUAGACAGGAGCUUUGUGGCUUGUGGGCCAUUAUGGUCGUAUGAGUGUGGCAGCUCUUACUACAGCACAGGAAUAUGCUCCAAAGUUAACGCAGGCUUCAAGUUUUCCAGAACGAUUAUCCCUGCCUUUCAGAGAUGUGAAACCUUUAUGGACAUCGUAAUUGUUCUCGAUGGCUCCAACUCCAUCUAUCCCUGGUAUGAAGUGCGGGAUUUUCUCGUAAACAUUCUUCAGAAGUUCCAUGUUGGACCGGGACAAAUACAGGUUGGAGUCGUCCAGUAUGGCGAGAAGGUGGUGCAUGAAUUUAAACUCAGCGAUUACAAGUCUGUGGAGGAGGUGGUAAAUAGAGCACGCAGUAUCGAUCAGCGGGGUGGAGAGGAGACCAACACAGCUCUUGGCAUUAGCACGGCUCGCUCACAAGCUUUCAAACAAGGAGGUCGACGGGGUGCCAAGAAGGUAAUGAUUGUUAUAACUGAUGGAGAGUCUCACGACAGCGCGGAUCUCAAGCAAGUCAUCGAGGACAGUGAGAAGGACGGCAUCACCCGUUAUGCCAUUGCUGUGCUUGGCUACUACAACCGCAGAGGAAUCAACCCUGAGGCCUUCCUUAAUGAAAUCAAGUACAUCGCCAGCGACCCCGAUGAUAAGCACUUCUUUAAUGUGACAGACGAGUCAGCUCUAAAAGAUAUUGUCGAUGCUCUUGGGGAACGGAUCUUCAGCCUUGAAGGAACCAGUAAGAAUGGCACAGCGUUUGGUCUCCAGAUGUCUCAGGCAGGUUUUUCGGCACACAACGUGGAGGAUGGGAUUUUGGUGGGUGCGGUCGGUGCUUAUGACUGGAACGGGGCAGUGCUGAAGGAAACACGACAGGGAAAGGUGAUCCCUCCAAAAUCGUCCUACAUGCAGGAGUUUCCUGAAGAGCUUAAAAACCAUGGCGCAUACCUGGGGUAUACUGUGACAUCUGUGGUGUCGUCCAGAAAUGGUCGCUUGUUUGUAGCAGGAGCUCCACGAUUCAACCACACUGGCAAAGUCAUUAUCUUCACUCUGACGAACGCGGGGAACCUCACCAUCCUGCACUCACUGAAGGGCCACCAGAUUGGCUCCUACUACGGCAGUGAGAUUGCACCUGUGGACAUCGAUGGAGACGGCAUAACCGACAACCUUCUUGUGGCAGCCCCGAUGUUCUUCAGCGCAGGACUGGAGAAAGGAAAGGUCUACAUCUACAGAGUCACUGAGCUGAGUCGUUUCAUCCCUGAAGGAGCAUUGGAAAUUCACAACGGUGGCCAGAAUGCUCGCUUUGGCUCAUCUCUCGCUCCUGUCCCUGAUCUCAAUGGUGACGGCUUCAACGACUUGGUGGUGGGAGCUCCGCUGGAAGAUGACCACAAAGGGGCCAUUUAUGUUUUCUUCAGCCAGCACAACAGAAUACUACGGAAAUAUAAACAGAGAAUAGCAGCUUCAGACUUGGCUCCAGGCCUGCAGUACUUUGGCCGCAGUAUACAUGGCACCAUGGACAUGAAUGACGACGGUUUAGUGGACCUGGCAGUGGGCUCCCUCGGAGCUGCCGUUCUCCUCUGGUCAAAAAGUGUUGUGCGGAUAUAUACCAAUGUCAGAUUUGAGCCCAGUAAGAUUAACAUCUUUGUGAAAGACUGUCAGCGAGGUGGCAAAGACGUGACCUGCAUGUCAGCUAUCGUGUGCUUCAACAUCACCGCCAGGACAGCCGUUCCUCCCACACAGGAAAUAGGGAUCAGGUACAAUGUGUCCAUUUUGGAGAGGCGUUUUAAUCCUCGGGCCGUCUUGGAUCAUCCAAACAAGAUGCAGCCUCAAAACCUGACGCUCCUUCCUGGAGAAGAGGCCUGCGAACACAUCUACUUCCACGUCAUGGAGACCACAGACUACGCAAGACCCAUAGUCUUUGCUGUGCAAGUAGGACUGCAAGAUCCAGACCAGGUACCAGUUCUCGAUGACAUCUGGCCUACUCUUGUGAAGACUGAGCUGCCCUUCUGGAAUGGCUGUGACGAAGAUGACCGCUGCAUGCCAGAUCUGUCACUGCAGAGCACAAACGACCUGAUGACUCGAAAACAGUUCUGUGCUCGUCCCGUGCAGUCUCGUGGCGUUUUCUGCCGCCAUCAGGGCGGAGCAGGAGCAGGGGGAGCGCUGCGGGUGAUUGAGGGAAACAAGAGAAGGAUGGUGGUGGAUGUCAAAAUGGAGAACAAAGGAGAAAAUGCCUACAACGCUCUGGUCAAUAUCACAUACUCGCCCAAUCUGCUCUUCUCAAGCCUUAUAGUCAAGGACACUUCAGAAAUAAGAAUCGAGUGUAACACGGAGGACAAGAAGAGAAAUGAGAGGAUCUGUAACGUUAGUGCACCAUUCAUGAGAGCGAAAUCACAGGUCUUGUUCCGCCUGGAGUUUGAGUUCAGUCGCACCGUCUUCCUGGAUCACCUCAGAGUUCUCCUGCAGGCCAGCAGUGAUGGCGAAGAAGUGAACACAGCUGAUAAUUUUGAUGAUAUCUAUUACUUACUGAGAUAUGAGGGAGACCUCCUCUUUACCAGGGACUCUGAUCCAAUCCGCUACGAGAUCAAAUCGGAGCUCUCCCUGGAGGAGCCUGGUGUUAUCGGACCUCCUUUUAACUUCACUUUCCAGAUCCAGAACCUUGGAUAUUUCCCAGUUAGAGAUCUGCAGCUGAACAUUGAGAUCCCCGAGAUGACAAAAAAUGGGAACCAGCUCCUGCAGAUAUUUGACUUCCACGUUGAUCAGAGAGACGGCACACGCUGUUUACCACCUCAGCAUAUCGCUCAGAGCAGGGCCUCGCCUGAGGACCUCUCCCGCUUCUCCCGCCUGAACCGAUCCAACACACUCACCUUGCCAAUCCAGUGCACAGUCAACGUAGCCUCCCACAGAGACAUUGGAGUUGGGAUCACAGGAGCGCUGAGGAUAGACACAUUACACGCACUGAAGUUUAAAAUCCUGGAAGUGAUAACGAGUGCUUCAGUGGAGCUCCCCUCUGCCAGCCCCAUGUUCUUACACGAGGAAAAGCCUGUGAGACAUAUAAUCCUGGAGAUAAGGAAGGAGGGGGAUUACAGAAUCCCUACCUGGAUUAUUGUUGGCAGCACGCUGGGGGGGCUCUUGUUGUUAGCUCUUCUCAGCCUGGCUCUGUGGAAGCUCGGGUUCUUCCGCAGACAGAAGCGGAAAGACAAGGAGGAGCAGGAGGCCAACGGGAAAGUAGCAGAGGAGCGGUAACGCAGGCUGAGCGAGUCCUGCAGACACCUUUUCCACAGGAGACGAGACACUCAGGGACCACCUCACCUCUCCUACCGCUAGCCAGCCUGGCAGUGGCUGUGUUACACAGACAGGGCAUCAUCCCCGCUGAUGCAAGGCUUAUUCAGUGCACUGGACCCGUCCCACGUCACCAGCCUCUGACCCUCGAAUCGGCACUGUCGCACUCACUCGGUAUUCUUGCACUGGUCCCACUUUUCUCUCUGUAUUCCACUGCCUGUGGUGUCGUCCCGCCACAGAUCUUGGAGCUGUGGUGAAUUUUCUUCUCUUUCUGGCCACAUGUAAAAACAAAUGGAACUGUUUCUAUUCGUUUGGUUCAACAGAUUUUUCUGGGGGGCUAUUUCCUAUUUGUGUAUAUUUAUUUAACAUUAAUUAAUCUUGUUAAAAAAAAAAGUUUUUACCUAUGGAAAAACCUCACGGGUGACUCUCCACCCAACGGAUGAUGCCGCUGUCGAGAGAUUAUACAGCAAUACUCUGCAUUGUUUAGUUGUCAGAACUGAUGAUGAUGAUGAAGAAGAAGAAAAGAAGAUGCAUGAUGUUCAGCUUUCACAUAGGUUUCUUUAGAAAAGGAUGCUCCUGAAUCUUAAAGGAGCAAUAAGCGAUAAUUCACCCCUAUGUCUGUGGACCAAAAGAAGCCGUGUGACGAGCCGCGCCUCUCUCUAGCUGCACUCCAGCUGCCACCCGGCCCCUCCUUUGCUUCCCCCCUAACUAUGCUGUGCGCUUCACUUUUUGGAGGAACAUUUCAAGUGAGGAAGUCAGUAACUCAACUUUAUAAUGCUGUUAGUAAGAGAACAUUUUGAUCUGCUAGGCAUGCGCUCCACCAUGUUGCUCCAACGCUGCGCUAUUCUAACGCUGGCAUUUUAUGACAGGGAGGGGCUAAACUCUGAGCGGCAGCUGUUCACAUGAACGUACGCGCACCAGCCUGGCUACGGAAACGAGAGACUGGAGAACAACAUAGAGAGAUGCGGUGUGACAUUAAACCAUAGUCCAUCAGAUGUAGUACCUUUAGUUCUGCACAUGCCUAUUUUUUAGUUCUUUCUAUCUAAAAUUAUGAAAUGUUGCUUAUUGCUCCUUUAAAUCCUCAAACAGACACAAGAUGCUCUUUAAAACAUUUUGAUGCACUUUUUUACAUUGUACAAAAUUAACUUGAAUUUGUAAAUAACCAAGUGCCUUUUUAAAUACCUUUUCAGUAUUAUGUUUUUUUACAAUAUUUCCACAUUAUAUAU